AAGAGGCGACUAAAAGGGGUCACACAAACACAGGCACACACAUACACCGACUAGGACGUUAAAAGUAUGGAACAUAUGGAAGUAAAAGUAUGGAGAAUGUAAGACAAAGAAAAAGCUAAUUCAAAAAAUGCGUGGGGUUUGGGGCUGGCGGUGCUGCCCCCUUUAGGGGCGAAAUUAGAUGGAUGGAUGGGGUAUCUGAGACCCCAAGGUACCGGUGAUGCUGCAUACCGAUAUUAUGCCACCGGGGUGUCAGGGACCCCGUAGCAUCAAUGACACUGGUUGCAUACCGACAUUACGGCAUUCAGGGUAUCUGAGACCCCGAGGUACUGGUGAUGUUGCAUACGAAUAUUAUGCCACCGGGGUGUCAGGGACCCCGAAGCAAAUAGCGAAAUAUAAGACCUAAAAACGAACAAAUCGUGAAACUCACUUUUUCGAGGUAGUGUAAUUAUAAAACAAACUUGUAAUUAAUUAAGAAAUUAUUCACGCACAAACAAUGAAAAUGCAUCGACACAAGAUUUAACGCGAUGCAAGCGUCGAGGCCGCUUACAGAAAAAAUGAAGAACUAAAUUUUUUGUCUGCAGUGACUACAGCUGUAGUCACUGGUUCGUGGUAUAUGGGAUUUAAAAAUGGCUCCAAUUAAAGUUGGUCCUCACUUGAAAGAAUUACGAAUUCUUUUAUGUCAAACAUCAAAAUCUAGUCAAGGUGUUAGAGAUUUCAUUAAAGCACAGUAUGUACCUCUUAAAAGACAAAAUCCACAACUUCCAGUUUUAAUUAGAGAAUGUUCCUCGAUUGAACCUUUCCUUUACGCACGAUAUGAACGUGGUGUAGAGCAGUGUAUUGCUUUGCAGAAUUUAAAAUCUGAAGAAAUUCUGAAACGAGUUCAAGAACUCGCGGCUAAUACACCACAAUAAUAUUUGUAGUAUAAAUGUAUAUUAAUUAAUUCAGAUAUAAAAUAAAGUAGUUGUAUAAAUUUUA